AGGCGCUUCUCUCCGUGUCUAGCUAUAGCUAGCGUGACUGCUGCUAGUACUAGCGUCGAUUUCUAGACUUGCUGGAUCCGCCAUAUUUUCCACUAGGAGACCCUGAGAGGGUAUUUCAGUAUUCAGAAAGCCUUGAGGAAUGACAUUUUGGAGAGCUGUGCCUCCUGAAUAAAAUGCUGGAUGUCCUCUCAUAGCAGCUACAACCAGCUUAUGCUCCUCCAUAAAGCAAUCACAUCUGCUUUCAUCAGCUUCACCGCUCAUCUACUGCUUGGAGGAAACCUCCAAGGUGUUUCUGAGAUUAUCCCGAGUAGAAUAUGUCCGGUCCUGUCUCAAGCCGCUCUCGAGUUUACCCUGAUGUAAACACACAGAGACCCAGAGAGUACUGGGAUUAUGAGUCCCAUGUGGUAGAGUGGGGAAAUCAGGAUGACUAUCAACUUGUGCGAAAGCUGGGUCGAGGAAAAUACAGUGAAGUGUUUGAAGCCAUAAACAUUACAAACAAUGAGAAAGUCGUGGUGAAAAUACUGAAGCCUGUGAAAAAGAAGAAAAUCAAGCGAGAAAUUAAAAUUCUUGAGAACCUGAGAGGAGGCCCUAAUAUCAUAACUCUUUUAGACAUCGUCAAGGAUCCUGUGUCUCGGACGCCAGCCCUGGUUUUUGAGCAUGUAAACAACACAGAUUUCAAGCAAUUGUAUCAAACAUUAUCGGAUUAUGACAUUCGCUUCUACAUGUAUGAAAUUCUGAAGGCUCUAGACUACUGUCACAGCAUGGGAAUUAUGCACAGGGACGUCAAACCACACAAUGUCAUGAUUGACCAUGAGCACAGAAAGCUUCGUCUGAUAGACUGGGGCUUGGCUGAGUUUUAUCAUCCAAACCAGGAGUACAAUGUGCGAGUCGCUUCCAGGUACUUCAAAGGUCCUGAGCUGCUUGUUGACUACCAGAUGUAUGACUAUAGUUUGGACAUGUGGAGUUUGGGUUGCAUGCUGGCCAGUAUGAUCUUCAGGAAGGAACCUUUUUUCCAUGGACAUGACAACUAUGACCAGCUUGUACGGAUUGCAAAAGUCCUUGGCACAGAAGACCUGUAUGAUUACAUUGACAAAUACAACAUUGAACUGGACCCACGCUUUAAUGACAUUUUGGGAAGGCAUUCGCGUAAGCGAUGGGAGCGCUUUGUGCAUAGUGAGAACCAGCACCUCGUGAGCACUGAGGCUCUGGACUUCCUGGACAAGCUGCUGCGUUACGACCACCAGGCUCGCCUGACUGCACGUGAAGCUAUGGAUCACCCGUACUUCUACCCCAUUGUGAAGGACCAGGGUAGAGGAGCUACUGCUACUGGAAUGGCUGCUAGCUCCACUCCAGUCAGCUCUUCUAGUAUGAUGGCAGGCAUCACCUCAAUGGCAGCCAGCACACAGCCCAUAGGCAGCAUUGCAGCUGGCUCUCCUGUCAUCUCUGCCCCCAACACGCUGGCUACACAAGUACCUGCUGCCACGGGAGCCCAACCAUAAAACCCCUCUCUUUCUUUCUCUGUCCUCUUUCCCUUAUACUCCAUACCCUCCCUCCCUCUAUUUGUUCUAUUGGCAGUGUGGAGAGUGACAGCCAUCGACUUUUUGUUGUUAUUACGUUGAAAAGUAACACAGAACUAAUACAAAGUUACCCUUUUUCCUCUCCACUUCAGUUCCGUUCUGUAGGGAUAUGGACUCACAUUGUUUUAGCACCUGCCUGGGAAAGCAAAGAUAGGCAUGCGGGUGCAUUUUCUCUCUUCUCACCAUGGCUGUCUCAACACAUAUACACAUGUAGAACUGAAGAAGGAAAAUAAAAUUUAUUUUAUAUGUCCCUCAA